CUUCUAUCUCCUACUGAAUCACAUUGUCCCUCUUCACAAACCUCUACUGCUACAAUGAGCCACCCCACACAUUCUCUGUGGUGCUUCGCCACCGUCACCAUCACCCUCCUUCUAUUGUUGGCCUCAUACUAACUCAAAAUCGACAAAGGAGCCUAGCAAGCCAGUUCCUAGUCCCCCAGAAUGCCGCACGGUCCGUACUGCGGUUGCGUCCGCUGACGUGGAGCGCAAAACUCACGCGCUACGCGCAGUGGUACGCGAACCAGAGGCGCAACGACUGUGCGCUGCAGCAUUCGAACGGACCGUACGGCGAGAACAUAUUCUGGGGGAGUGGAACUGGGUGGAGCCCGGCCCAAGCGGUUGACGCUUGGGUGUCGGAGCGGCAAUACUACAACUAUUGGCGCAACUCUUGCGCCAAUGGUGAAAUGUGUGGACAUUACACUCAAGUUGUUUGGAGCUCAACUAGGAAAGUUGGGUGCGCUGUGGUUACAUGCAAUGGUGGUAAGGGUCAGUUCAUGACAUGUAACUAUGAUCCUCCCGGAAACUACAUCGGAGAAAGGCCUUAUUGAAAGUGAAAGCUACGUUUCAAGAGUGUGGCGGGGUGGAGACAAGUCAAUAAUGUCAUAGUCCCAUUAUUAUUGUUAUAGCUGGCUCUGUGUGCCAUGUGGGUUUUCAUAUGAGGCCUAUGUCUCUUGCCUUAAAUCAUUUAUGGCUCAUCUGUAUCUUUGUCUUUCUUCUCCUUGCUUAAUAUUAUACUAUAUACUAUAUAAUUUAACA